CGCAAACUGAAAGAGUGGAGUUAUGUGCAUAGCCAUUCACUUCAAAUGUAAACAACCAACAUCAUGCGUCAUUUACGAGUUCUCUAUCAUUCGACUGUAGUUCAUUUAGUAGCACGUGUCAGUUUGAUUCACAAGUAUAAAAGGCGAAGAGAUGCAUAUCACUGUAUCAUUCGAUAAAUUAUUCAAACGAUCAUUUCUACAUCGAAUCUAACACAAUGAACAGAACAGCUUCCAAAAAUAUAUUCACCGAAUCGAAAGCCAGACAGAAUUUCGCCAAAGAAUGUGAAGAUGCCAUCAAUAAACAAAUCAAUGUGGAACUACAGGCUGCUUAUGAUUAUAUGGCAUUCUUCACUUAUUUCGAUCGAGAUGAUGUGUCAUUUCCGAAAGCAGCUGAAUUCUUUCGAAAAGCUUCACAUGAAGAACGUGAACAUGCAGAGAAAUUGGCCAAAUAUCAGAACAAACGUGGUGGUCGUGUUCAAUACAGUGAUAUCAAGUGUCCAACUAAGACAGAAUUCAGUGGUUUGGAGGAUGCGAUGAACACUGCAUUGUCGAUGGAGAAGGCAGUGAAUGAGGUGAGUGGUACACUGAAUCAUAAUCUAUUUACAACUAGAUCAUCGUUAACCGACAAUCGAAAAUGAUUAUUUGGUUUUAAAAAUAUAUUUCGAUUUUAUAUUAAUGUUUGUGUAACUGUUCACAUCACUGACUUUAAAAUACGUGCAAUUCUCAACUGUCGAAUUGACCAUCAUCUUUGGUACAUUACAUUUCUAUCUCUGAGUAGUAAUAUGAAACUGGAAUGUAUCAUAUUAAAUUGACACAUGUGGAAGUUACAUUUUAAUUUGGUUAGUUUCAUAGACAUGUCAUUAUUGAAACUUCAUGAAAUCGCUGUGAAGAACAAUGAUCCAGCACUGACCGAUUUCAUUGAGAGUCAGUAUUUGCAUGAACAAGAAGAUGCAAUCAAACAAUUUGCUGACUAUGUGACAGAGACAGAUCGAGUUGGAAGUGGACUUGGUCAAUAUUUAUUCGACAAGAUCACACUGAAAGAAUAAACACGACUUCAGUUGAACUGUUUAUUCAUUGUUAUGUCGUUCAUGUAUUUCUCAGUAUUGUUGUUAUUAUCAUUAAAUGAGUGAUUCUCCC